AUGAAAGAACCAACACAGGGUUUUGAUCAGUACGACCGCUCUCUCCGUUUUCACAACUCUACAAGCUCUAAUACCCGCCUCAGGAUCGCUUCGCUCAUCCUAAUGGGAAUGGGUACCUCAAUUGCUGUCCAGACCGUGUUUGAGGGCCGUGACGUGGCUCCAGCCACUUCUCUGAUCGCCCUCCAGAGUCUGGUGAGCGCCGUUGUAGACUCGGCUGUCACCGUUGAUUCAUCCAAGAUUGUGGGUGCGAUGCGGAGGAUCUAUCCGAAUCUAGUGGACGGAAUCAUCGGAUUGUACAACAUGGCAAACACAGCACUCCGGGACAUGUUUUUGAUCGCCACCGUCCUCGGAUGUUUGAUAAUCUUUGAGUGCGCCUUCAUCGAGCGGAAGAGCGUCAAGAGAAAAGAGCCGAAGACGGAGACGCAGAGCUAG